AAAAUAUUCACUAAUUUCCUCAUCCUUCUUCACUCUAAAUUAUCACAACCUAAAUAUAGUAAGUUAUUUAUACCAAGUAAGGUAAAAAAUGGGGUUAAAGGCUUUUAUACUUCUAACCCUUGUUUUGGCUAUUUUUGCAAUUGUAACCUCACAUGUUGCAGCUAGAGAAUUGGCUGAGAGCUCCACUACUACUAUGGAAAAUACAAAGGAAAAUGAGGUAAAUGAUGCUAAAUAUCCUGGAGGAGGUUAUGGAGGGUACCCUGGUGGUGGUCGUGGAGGUUAUGGAGGGUAUCCUGGUGGUGGUCGUGGACGUGGAGGUUAUGGAGGGUACCCUGGUGGUGGUCGUGGACGUGGAGGUUAUGGAGGGUACCCUGGUGGUGGUCGUGGACGUGGAGGUUAUGGAGGGUACCCUGGUGGUGGUCGUGGACGUGGAGGUUAUGGAGGGUACCCUGGUGGUGGUCGUGGACGUGGAGGUUAUGGAGGGUACCCUGGUGGUGGUCGUGGACGUGGAGGUUAUGGAGGGUACCCUGGUGGUGGUCGUGGACGUGGAGGUUAUGGAGGGUACCCUGGUGGUGGUCGUGGACGUGGAGGUUAUGGAGGGUACCCUGGUGGUGGUCGUGGACGUGGACGUGGAGGUUAUGGAGGUGGAUAUUGCUCCUAUGGUUGUUGUGAAAGGAAUUACUAUGGUAAUGGUUGCAAUAGGUGUUGUUACUCCAAAAGUGAAGCUAUGAAUAAAGUCACCCAAGCUAAGCCUCACAACUAAAAUUUAAAAGUUAUAGUAAUAUUUAUGUAGUGUGUGUUUUAGUAAUAGUUUUUAAUUUGUUGUUGGGAGUUUGAAUAAAUGUAGCUUCCAUUCACUUUCAUGUGGAUGGAUGGUCAAAUAUUAUCUUUUCAUUUUGUACGUACCUACUCUUUUCAUAUAUAUGUUUGAAUGUAAUUGAUAUAUCAUAAAUUCACAUUAAUAAUUAGGUAGAUCUGUUUACUUAUA